GCCUGUUCCACUGAGUUGUAACUUGGGAAAACCCGCUAGACAUAUCCAUAAAAGACAAAGAAGAUCAUAAACAUUUCCAGCCCUCUACGUAUCUCAUCGCUUAUUGCAUACGUGGCAUUACACGAUGCUUGCAGGCUGUUGAAUAUAUAGCAGUUGUAAUUCCAUGUUCAGGAUGAAUUAGAAGUUUCAAAUCAGUUGCAAAUCAGUCCCCGGUCUCAUUGCCCUACUUUACCUAUUCAUAUUUCUGUUGAUGAACAACAAUGGCAACUUCGCAAUCUAUAACCUGGGCGCGUCAGUAUGAAUACCACUACCAGGAAAUGAAGAACUCCACGAACCAGGUUGCAACUUGGUUGAAAAGAAAUUACGAAGAGAACCACAGAAGACUUCCACAGAGGAACCCGGAAUAUCCUCUCGAUGUGGGCCAAUACAUACAUUGCGCAACCUUUCUCAGAGACUUGCGAAGCCCCGGUAUCGAAUUUCCUCAGGAGUUCACGGCUUACCUUCACUAUGCUAUUUGGGCACGUCUACACAGGGUUGAGAUCGAAUACCCACAGAGGCACAAUUGGAACAAAAGGCAGAAACGCAAGUUCAAAAGCCAUGUUCACUUCCUCCUAGUAUUGAUGAAGGUCCAUGACAUUCUGUUGCAGCGAUCGAACCAAGACCCUCUCCGAUACUGCAGAGACUGUGCCGAUCAUGGGCCCAGGCAGCUUGCAAGUGCGAACUUCCCAUGGAGACCGACUGGGCGGUUCCAUCUGAGAUUGACGGUUUCCGUUUCCGUGGCAAGAGGUUUGGCUGCUAGGUUUUUCCGGGCCAGGCAGAGCUAAGAUGAUUGUUUUACUUUGAUUUUUGAUGGGUAAUUGAGGUUUGAUCAAAUUGUUGCUUGGUUUAUCCAUGCUUGCAUGUUUUGGUUUUGAUGUUAACAUAGUUUGGGAUUGAAAUGAUAUUGUGGUUAACGUCUUAGUAUCUGCUUCUAAG